AUGACUCGCGAUCAAGUUCUGGUCAUAAGCACGUUAGAGAACUACCGACAGGCUUGGGAUGGGACUCCUAUUGAUAAGAGUGAUAAGAGGGCCAGGUUGGCCCCUGUGAUCCCUGAAUCGCCUAUUAUCCAACUAGUCCCCCGAGGAGGCAUGCAUGCCGUUCUUGUGACUGGAAAUGAUAACUCUGAAACAAAAAUUGUCCUUGGUGAUUCAAGGAGAUCCUUUGUUCCAAGCUCUUCUACUCUACCUCCUGCUCAGCCCAGCCUUUUAUGCAACAUGCAACUGGCCAGUCUCGAGUUAAUGGGGAAUAUACCUUCUGCUGACCUUCACCGCUCCUCAACUUUGAGUUAUGCUGAUAGGGCGAGAAACACCCUUCAUGGCUUGAUGGCUGCUACCCACAUUAGUACCCUUGCCCCUAAGAACCAACAUAUUAAGGCAUCUUUAGAUGAAAGGGAAGCCGAACUGUCUUCUGUUAAGAAACAAUGCACAGUGUUGUCUCAACAGCUAAUUGCCUUCAUCACUAUUGAGAUUGUUCAAAGGGAUCAAUUAGCCCAGAAGAUUUAG